ACCGUCGCCGCGUGACGACGUCCGGAAAACCGAAGCGCGCCGGAAAAUCGGGAAAACGCGUGUGCACAGUGAAGUGUUUACUUUGCCAUUUUUUUCCGUAAUUCAACACGUUUUGAUAAUCUGAGUGUGAUUGUGGUGGUUGUUUUGUGCUGAUAUUGCUGGUUAAAUACAGGUACCAACUGCAGAGCUGAGUUUGUCUGCCAGUUCAUAAGGUUAUCUUCGUUUCAUCCCAUCUUUACGUGAAUUGUCGCCCUUUUCACUUCAAGCAACAUUCAGCUGGUUUAAAGAAUAAGAUCACCCAAUAAUGUGACAUCCAAUCAUGCGCACAGCGCCUUAAAAUCCAAGAUGGCGGACAAGGACUGGGUGGAGUAUUUCGGAGACUUUAGCAAUAAAACCAAGCCUAAAUACGAAGAAUAUGUCCCGACAGAAAAGAAUUAUAGUUAUUUUGAUAACCAGACAGAUGAAUAUUCGAAUUUUACUUCAGAUGACUUCUGUGGUUCAAAUCACUCCCAUGUGUACCUAAAUGUCACCUGUGAAUUCCCUAUCAGCUAUGCCGAGCCUAUGUAUGGAUACAUCGCACCCUUCCUCCUAGCAACCACCAUAGUGGCCAACACUCUGAUAGUGGUGGUUCUCUCCCGUCGCCACAUGCGGACUCCCACCAACAUAGUCCUGAUGUCCAUGGCGUUGUGCGACAUGUUCACCAUGCUGUUCCCGGCGCCAUGGCUGUUCUAUAUGUACACCUUCGGGAACCAUUAUAAGCCGUUGAGCCCUGUUCGAGCCUGCCAAGCUUGGAAUUAUAUGAAUGAGGUGAUCCCAGCCAUGUUCCACACGGCGAGCAUAUGGCUGACCCUCGCGCUAGCAGUGCAGAGGUACAUCUACGUGUGUCACGCGCCCGUAGCUAGGACGUGGUGCACCAUGCCCCGAGUGAUCAAGUGCCUCAUCUACAUCGGAGUGGCGGCGUUCCUGCACCAGCUGCCUCGGUUCGUGGACCGGCAGUACGUCCCUCACGUCACAGUGUGGCGUGGGCAGUUCGAGGAGGUCUGCAGAGUGGAACUGGCUCCAUGGGUGCAGAACCUCUCCAUCGACGCGUACUUCAUAUCCUACUACGUCUUCCGAGUCUUCUUCGUCCACCUCAUUCCCUGCACCUCCCUGGUGGUCCUCAACGUCCUCCUCUUCAAGGCCAUGAGGACCGCCCAGAUCAACAGGCAGAAACUCUUCAAGGAAAACCGCAAAUCCGAAUGCAAGAAGCUCAGAGACUCCAACUGCACCACUCUGAUGCUCAUCGUGGUCGUCACAGUGUUCCUAAUGGUCGAAAUACCUGUUGCCGUAGUCACUAUUCUGCACAUAAUUUCCAGCAGCAUAGUCGAGAUUCUAGAUUACAACAUCGCUAACAUCCUAGUUCUUGUCACUAACUUUUUCAUUAUCGUCUCUUAUCCCAUCAACUUUGCGAUCUACUGCGGCAUGUCCAGGCAAUUCAGGGAAACUUUCAAGGAGUUGUUCAUCAGAGGUGCUGUCACCAGCAGAAAGAACGGUGGCUCCAGUAGGUACUCCUUAGUCAACGGUCCUAGGACCUGCACGAACGAAACUGUGCUUUAGACGUCUAAUGCUGUAAAUAUUCUUAUGAUAGCGUAAGUUUUUUGGAUGUUUAUUGUCUAUUUUAUAAAUGUAGACAUAUCAUGUAACCGUUCUUUUCGAUGUUUUAGACGCUUCGGUAAUUUUUUAGAUUGUAUAAGUAUUAGUGCAAUAUACUUUUGCUGUUGUAUAAAUAUACAUAGUUUACUGUUUCUGAUACUUUUCUUUGGCUGUGCGGUUACCUGAUCAGUAGUUCUUUAAAGUCAAAAAUAUAGGGUGAAAAUGUUCACGAGCGAAUUGUUUCUAAAAUAUUGUUUAAAUUAUGUAUAUGUGUAUUUAAUAGGUGUUUCGUAUCAAGAUAUAAUGCUUAGUUGUAGGAUUCACUCUAGCGUUGAAUAUUUUUACCCUAUAUUAUACUCGAUUAGCUGAUCACACGGCCUUUGAAUGGCGAGCCCCCAUUGGGAAAGGUAUCUGUAAACAUAUACAUAAAUUGUAAAUAUAUAUUAUAUGAAAAUGUCAUAUAAAUAAAUCAUUUAUCUCAAUUGUUUUAAAAUGUGCUUAGAUACCAAUACGUAUAAUGACUUUUUAUGUAAAUAAAAUAAUUAUAAACGUAGUGUAAUAUAGUAUGUUUAGAUGGAUGUAUAAAAGUAGAUAUAUUUAUAUAAAAACGAGAAAGGUACUAAUAAAGUAUGAUGUUUUGUUGUAAUAAAUUAGUAUUUAUAAUUGUUUGUAAUGCUUUUCUUUGGAACAAUGUAGGAUCAAAUCUAAAAUAGUCAUUAAUACAGUUUUAUAAUGUCAAUCAACGGACCAUGGCGAAAUGAAUCAAAUUAACAUAUU